CACCAGCUUCAAGGAGAGACCUCUCUUCCCACAACCAAACUCCAAGGAAUAAGCAACUAAAACCCCCCAGCCAAGGGAGCUGGAAGAAUGUCUUCUUUUAAUUGGAGAUGAAAAGUCAAGUACUUCUAGAUAAAUCCAGUGGCACCAAAGUUUAGUUCUCAUGAUGGAGUUCAACGCCUCUACCCACCAACCCAUCAUUUAUUCAACCACAUGAAAAGAAAAAUUUAGAGCAUAUUAGAAAAGAUCUCUCCAUCCAAGCAUAGCUUCACAAAAUCAAAAAGACAAAAUAGCAGCAGGAGCAACCUAAGCUACCUUCCUUGAACUCCUCCACAGAUGGUAUUCACCUUGCUAUCAUGGAUCCACCUCCUCCUCCUCAUCUCUGGUGCUUUCUUCGCCAAAGCUGAUGAUUCCCCUGCCAUAAUCCUCACCAUCUGCGGCCAAAACCAAUCGACAAAGCCCGAAGCCUUCGAUGUCAACUUUGUAAACACCAUGGAGAUGGUGUACCAGAAUGUCACCAGGACUGGUUUUGGCACCGCAGUCUCAGGCACCUCCAACAUCGUUUAUGGCCUUGGCCAGUGCUUCAAUUACCUUUCCCCCACUGGUUGCCAGCUCUGCUAUGCAGAGAGUAGAGUCAAGCUCCCUUACUGUCUCCCUAAUACCACUGGCAGGAUCUAUCUUGAUGGUUGCUUCUUGAGGUAUGCAGACUAUAACAUAUCUAGCGAGGCGGUCGACAAGCUCGACACAUAUGUUUGUGGGAAUUCAUCGACAUCUGCAUCGAAUUCCACAGACUUCGAUGAUACAGCAAUGAAGUUGGUGAGGAAUUUGACAUCAGAAGCAUAUAGCAGUAAGGAGUACUACAAGGCAGGGAGCUUAUCAGUUGGGUCAUCAGGUGUGACAGUCUAUGGGAUGGCACAGUGUUGGAGGUCUCUGAAUGAGAGUGGAUGCAGGGAUUGUUUGGAAAGUGCAAGAGGUAGUGUGGCCCGGUGCUUACCGGCUUCAGAUGGGAAGGCUCUGAAUGCAGGGUGUUACUUGAGGUACUCGACGGAGCCGUUCUACGUAGCGCAGACAGUGGAAAGUGGUGGCUCUUCUUCUGCCCGGCGUCGACUGAUAGUUGCUCUUGGGUCAGUCAUUGCUGCAUUGGCAGUCAUAGCAAUAGCUAUCCUCUGGAUGAAAUUAAGACCUAAUAGACGAUCCAUUGAUUCGAAUGACGAUAUAGAUGGUUCACAAGAAAUUAUAAGAUCAAUUUCAUCAUCUAAUCUUAAUUUCAAAUAUGAAGAUUUGAGAAUAGCAACAGACAACUUCAGUCAGAUGAAUAAGCUUGGCCAAGGGGGGUUUGGCUCAGUUUACAAGGGAGUUCUACCAGAUGGCAGGGAAAUUGCUGUUAAAAGGCUGUUCUCCACUACAAGGCAAUGGCUUGAUCAGUUCUUCAAUGAAGUUAGUCUUAUUAAUCGAAUUCAGCACAAAAACCUUGUGAAGCUUCUGGGUUGCAGUGUUGAAGGACCUGAAAGCCUUGUGGUUUAUGAGUAUUUAUGCAAUACUAGCUUGGAUCACUUCUUAUUUGACUCAUUCAAGAAGAAUGCAUUGGAUUGGAAAAGGAGAUUCAAUAUUAUCACUGGAACAGCGGAGGGACUGGCUUAUCUCCAUACUUCUUGUGAGGUCAGGAUUAUACAUAGGGAUAUAAAAGCCAGCAACAUAUUGUUGGAUGAAAGUUUUAAGCCCAAAAUAUCAGAUUUUGGACUGGUAAGGUAUUUUGCAGGGGAUCAGAGUCAUCUCAGCACUGGCCUAGCAGGAACUUUUGGCUAUAUGGCUCCCGAAUAUAUCGUCCAUGGGCAGCUGACAGAGAAGGCCGACAUUUACAGCUAUGGUGUACUAGUUCUUGAAAUUGUUACAGGCCGAAAGAACAACAGUUCCAUAGCAGAAUCAGCAGAAGGCCAUUCCCUUGUGUCAUUGAUAUGGCAAAAAUUCAAUUCAGAGAGAUUAUUGGAACUGCUGGAUCCUUAUCUUCAAGACCAGUGCUCUGAGGAGCAAGCUCUAAAGGUAUUCCAUAUUGGUCUUCUAUGCGCACAAGCUUCUCCUAAUCUCAGGCCACCAAUGUGGAAGGUGGUGGAGAUGCUGACCAGUAACUCAAAGGACCUUCCUCUUCCCACACAACCUCCUUUCAUUGGCAUCAAGGGUGCAAGUUUUAAAACUGAGGGUUCCGAAACUUCUUCUCUCUUAGCAUCCUCAUCAAGGUCCCCCUAUUCAGUGAAUCAGAUGUCAGUGACUGCUGUGCAAGGGAGAUGACAUACAUCCAGUUAUCUCUGAAGAAGAAAGUCGCAACAGUUUUGCUUAUAAUUUGGAUAGAAAAAAAUCAUCAUGCAGUUUCAUUGAAGCAAUGCGAUUCAAAAGUUGGUCGGAUUAGAGAUUCUUUCAUUUGUUCACACAUUGUGUUAUAAAUGAGCCCUACGUGUUGUUAUAUUGUAUACACCAUACAUCUCUUAUCAAUAUACAGAAAAAAAUAGAUUACAUGUUA